AAUUAUCUUUAUAGUUAUUUUAUUUAAAUUUUAAUAACGGUUUGUCAUUAAAUUAUACUUAAAAAUAAUAAGAUCUAACUAAAAUAAAUCUUUGACUGACGUCAUACUUAACUAUUAGUUGGCACAAGUACUUCAGUUGGUAUUAGACACCAUUCGCUGUCAUGGGAGUUUCGUUCUGUGGGGCUUCUCGUCUAACGACAGGAAAUAUUGGACACUUCGCUUGGUACGCUAGAACGGAAAAGUGGCGGAUGACUGAUUGAAAAGGACGGAAAUUUUAAUACAAUAGUUUCAAGCUUUUAUAAGUGAUAUUUAGUGGCAAAUUAUUGGUGGUGCUUUGGAGAAGCUAGGAGACUAAGUUUUGGGAGAUCCCGGAGGAAUUGGAAGUCAUGUCAUCCGAUUGGCAGCAUGGAGACGGGCGCGGAUAGCAUGGACGACGACGUUUUCGAAACGAUAGAGGAUAGCCGAUUGAAGAUAAAUGCUAUCAAUUCGCAACAAAAAGGCGGUACUCCGUCGCCAACGGGCUACAGAAAUUAUAAACCUCCUGCGGAAGUUUUGAAAUUGGCCGAAAAUGAUAUUAUCGAAUCCGUAGAACCCAUCGUGCACAAGACAAUUUUGCUGGGAGACAGCGGAGUGGGCAAAACCUCGUUAUUAGUUAAAUUCGACACGGGAAAAUUCCAGUCGGGGAAUUUUUCUGCCACCGUUGGAAUCGGAUUUACGGUUAUGCUCCUGGGAGAUUCUGGAGUUGGGAAGACAUGUAUCCUGAUGCGGUUCAGAGAAGGUACCUUUUUAUCUGGAAAUUUCAUAUCUACAGUAGGAGUUGAUUUUAGAACAAAAGUGGUAACUGUAGAUAAUACCAAAGUCAAAUUACAAAUAUGGGACACGGCGGGACAAGAAAGAUUUAGAAGUGUAACACAUGCCUACUACCGAGAUGCUCAUGCUCUGCUUUUGCUCUACGAUGUGACGAAUAAAACGAGCUUUGAUAAUAUACGAGCUUGGUUAGGCGAAAUACGAGAAUACGCACAAGAUGAUGUCGUUAUUAUGUUAUUAGGUAAUAAAGCAGAUUGCGGUAUAGAAAGGGCGGUCCGAAGAGAAGACGGAGAAAGGUUGGCAAGGGAAUACAAUGUAGCUUUUAUGGAAACUUCGGCCAAGAGUGGACAGAAUGUUGAAUUGGCUUUCGUAGCUGUUGCAAGGGAACUCAAAUAUCGAGAAAAUGGCACAAGGGAUUCAAACACCUUCAAUGUUAACGACUAUAUCCGGGAACAAAGUGUCAAACCGCAAUGUCCGCCUUGUACGACUUGAAGAUUUAUUUGAAAAUACCUGUGGCAACAAAGUUUAAGGGUCGUUCAAAGAAAAAGAGUUUCUGAAUAUUUUAGAUAUCUAGAAUGUACUAUGUAUUUUUAUUAUAAAAAUCUAAUUUGUCUUUUAUAAUUUCUUUUCUAUAUAAACCAAAUUUAAGUCAAAAAUAAGGUAAUUACUUUUACAUAUCACAUGUACAAUACAAUAUCGAUACUUUUUAAAUAUUGAGUAUUGUAUUGGUUAUACCAAUGAUCGUUUAUCGAUAUCGGCAAUACUUCAAUAUUAAUAUGGCUUCGUAUUAAUAUUGAUUUCGAUACAAUAUCGAUACAAUACUCGAUAAAAUAUCGAUAUAUAAAGUAUAUUGAGUUUAUCGUCCUUCUCUCUCGCUCCAAUGGCGGAUACAGGGGAGGGCGAUCGGCCCCCCUCUCAAACCAAGUUAUAUAUAAAGAUUAUAAAAACAUUCA